AUGCAGGUAGAAACAACGAACAGCGAACAUUCCUCUCGCUCUGGUCGUCAAGUUGGCCCGCCUAGGCAAGCCCAGCGUGAAAUACCGAGAUUGAGUAUAAGACGAUCCUUCAGCACGGAGGCAUCCUCAAGAAGAAAAAAGAUUUUUUGUUUGUGUAUACUUUGCUGGUUUAUCGUUUUGUGCUUGACUGGUAUCAUUGUGAUAGCUGUGGUACAUUUUCAAAGCUCUUCCAGCAGAAUUGAUCAGAUAAGUGCCGGGGCUUUAAUCGGCUUUGGUUUAUUGCUGAUCGUUGUUUUGGGGUGGACUGCGAUUCUUUACAACAGGUUUCAGAAAAGUUCGUCGAUUGCAAGGCAAGACUCAAGGGCUUACCCUCCUAGAGAAGAAAUGUUGGCGUUUGCUUCGUCUGAUUUAUUCGGCGGUAGAGGAGUUUCAACGAUUUCUACCGAUAACUCCGCGUCUCAUUCAGAUAGCUCAUCCGACGGAACCAGUCGACGCUUCAUCUCUCGCGAACGUCAUUACGAUGACGAGCGAAGAGUUAUUGAUCCCGUGAAUACUCGUUACAUAACUGAUGCUCCAAUCACUGUUUUUCACCCGUCAAACAGAAUGGUUCGACAUUAUCGAGAUCGGGUGCCUGGAGUGGCAAGACCUCAACAUCUACAUUUUCCCGAACGUUCUCGUCUGGCAAUCGAAGCACCACGAUUUUAUAUCGACCGCAGUCGUGGUACCCGUCAUGUUAGAACACAUUCGAACCCACUUCCCCCACCAUAUCAGCCACCUGUACCGACCCGACCGUUAUCAGAAAGCUUACCUAUGGGUUUUCCACCUCCUGCUUACGAAAGAGUGAUUGGUAGAAUGCGAAGAUUUGAUUCUACAGUCUCAGAGGAAAGCAGCUUGUAUCCCCCUGACUAUCAGUCAUCUCCACCAUCACCUCUUUCGUUGCAAGCUGUAACGAACACGGGGCGACGGUCAUCUCUUAAUUUGCCUUCAGACAGAACAACUGAGUCACGCGCGUCCCUCAAUGUAGCCGCGACUGACCGACCCACAUCAAUUGAUGUUGGUAUUCAGAUCAGUUCAUCCAUAUCAGCACCUGUAGAAAGAUCAGUAUUCGUCGAUUCUCCCUCUCAAAGUUAUGACCAACCACCACCAUCUCCGUCUCCUGGGAUUUCAACUGGAGAAUAUGCAAUUGAUGCCAGUUUUUGCAGGUUAAGCCCAGGUGCGCAAGCUUCACCUUCAAGCUAUUUUACGCCGCAACGCUACAGAUCCGCUUCGCCACGCCUUCAUUCACCCAAUCCGCCAUUACAUUCAACAGCACGUGCAACGGAAAGUAGUGGAAAUGACGCUCAGACCGCUCAGGCCGGUCAGGCUUUUGCUCCAGUGUUUUUGAAGAACAAUAGAUCGCCUUUUUCACGGCCUAUAUUAUCUUUGACUUCUCCAGAAAACACUAUUCAGGAAAGCGUUGACAACGAAGAAGAAAGCGCUUUUGAAAGUGUAACUGAAACUCCAAAUUCACCUAAUCAGAUGGACCAACCAAGACCAAAUGUGGUCCUUGUAUAUUUGGCACAAUCUCAAGAAGAGGAGAUUAUUGUGUAA